UCUCAGCACAUCACCAUUGCUUCGUUUGGAGUUCAACCUACAGACUAUAUCUAGAUUACACCUGAUAUACACAUUGUGGUUUAAAAGUGUCUGAAAUGGGGUAUCUUAGUGUUCGAGUAUUAGUGCUUGUAUUUGCUCUAGAACUGUGCGCAGCUGUUGCUAAUGCGGCUUUAGUGGAGGAGCAGCCGCUGGUUCUAACUUAUCAUAAAGGCCCCUUGCUCUCCACAAAGAUUAUUGAUGUUCAUGUGAUCUGGUAUGGGAAAUUUAGCCCUGUUCAGCGGUCCAUUGUGGCGGACUAUUUGCAGUCCCUCGCUGCAAAAUUGCAGGGGAAAGACAAGCAGCCUUCUGUUUCCACCUGGUGGAAGACUACCGAAAAAUACAAGAGCGGCGCUUCCAAUGCGGCCGUUCUGAGCAUUGCAAGGCUGGGGAAGCAGAAGAUGGACGAUUCGUAUUCCCUUGGCAAGUUGUUGAAGAGGACGGACAUCGCCGCACUGGUUGAAAGCGCCGUCAAAUCCAGAGCGCUGCCGCCGCCGGCGAGCCAUACAAACGGGAUUUAUUUGGUACUGACGUCUGAUGACGUGGCGGUGGAGAGGUUCUGCGUUAGCUCUUGUGGAUACCAUGACCACACAUUACGGUCCCGUCUUCCGUAUGCAUGGGUAGGAAACCCAGUGAGUCAGUGCCCUGGUCAGUGUGCGUGGCCGUUUCACCAGCCACUCUACGGCCCUCAGACCCCUCCUUUGUUGCCCCCCAAUGCUGACGUGGGCAUCGAUGGGAUGAUCAUCAAUAUUGCUACUGUUUUAGCGGGAGCGGUGACAAACCCAUUUAAUACAGGAUAUUUUCAAGGUGAUGCCGCUGCUCCGCUGGAGGCGGUGUCGGCUUGUGCGGGAAUUUACGGAAAAGGGGCGUACCCGGGUUACCCAGGGGAGGUCUUGGUAGACAGAACAACAGGGGCCAGUUAUAAUGCGCAUGGACUUAAUGGGCGCCAAUUUCUGUUGCCGACCAUGUGGGAUCCUGUUACUAAGUCUUGCAGAACACUGGUCUGAAAAGCAUUUUAGUGGCGAAUGUUUUUUGUAAAUGUUCUUGAGUAAAUACAAGUUAAUUAAUAACAUUAUUCUUUAUUAUUUUUCACAAA